ACAAAUCGAGGAGGUCCGCGCGCGCGCGCGUCGCCUCCGGUGUCGAGCAGAGAAGUCGAAGCCGAUGACGCGGUCGUGGAGAACUCUGCGGCUGCUGCGCUGAAAGAAUGCCUUGCACGCCAGAGAAUUUCAAAAGAUCACUCUAACCCUAAAUACUUAAGUAAUUUUCGAACGAAGCGCAUCGCGGCACUUGCGUUGGCUCUAGCGUUUCAUAAUCUCCCUUGGGUUCUCUGCCUGACGUCGAUGACGCUGUUCGACGUUCGAUGCGUUCGGUUCCGAGUCCGAGCUUUACGCGACUUAAUCGAUAUCGACACAAUUUCUUAGCAGCGCCUGAUUCGUAAGUUGUUUUGAUUUGUUUCAAGAUGAUAGUUUGAUGAUUGAUAAUUUUAGACUUGAAGUGUCAUGCCGAUGAAACCUAGAGUUAGAGUUCAACGUGGAGCCACACUUGAAACACCCGUGAAAAAAAAAGUAAGUCAGCGAGGGACCAUGGCUGAUUCAUCCGUUCAAAAUAUACUGAGCCGCUUGAUGGAAGAAAAACAUACCUUCACUUACAAGAAGUUGGUGGUACCUAUGUCAAUGCGAAGUCCAUACUGGAAAUAUUAUGGAUUUCCAGCCACUGAGGAUGGAGAUAUUCUGACAAAGGUAAAGAUUGUGUGUGUUUUAUGUAAAGCCCAACUGGCUUAUAAUAAAAACACAAGCAAUUUACGAAUGCACCUCCAAAAUAGGCAUGCCAAAGAGCUUAUGGAAUUAGUUGCUGAACAUCCUCCAGAGAUCCGUCCAAGUCAUAAGCAGCAGCAAGCUCAAGUUCAAGAGGAGCAGGAAAUUUCACCUAUCAGGCAUACAAGUAAUAAUUCUAAGCAACAGAAACGUACAAAGUGCCACAGAUCUCUUGAAAACACUGAUAGUGGCUUCACAAAACAAGGAAAUGUUUAUUUCACUCAAGCUGAUGGCAGCAUUGAAAUUGAUGGAGACUUGCAGUUUAUGUCGGAUCCUAAUAUUUCAAUAAGCAAUUUUACACAAGAUGAGGAAACCAGCAGCACCAUUCAAAUUUUCAGUCCUCCAACUGCUGCCAAUCCAAAUGUGGUUCUCCAACAGGGCUCUGAAAAUAAUAAAAAUAUAUCUGAUGCCAUAGCAGAGUUUUUGAUCUUAGAUCUGCAAAGAGCAGAUGUAGUUGAAGGUAGAGGAUUUCAAAGGUUAAUCGCCACACUGCGUUCCCCUUGUGAAAUACCCAGCAAGGGAAGAUUGGUUGAUGAAAUUCUUCCGUCAAUGCAGUGCCAUCUGAAAGAAUCAGAACAAGAAUUUUUGCAGCUCUUCACUGGUGACUAUGGAAUCACAAUUGAAGAGUGGGUCUCUAACAAUGAUGAAAGUUUUUUGACAUUCAGUGUCCAUUACCAACACAAGACUGAACCCUCACUAGAGACUCGUGUAAUGUCGACAGUUCAUUGCCCAAACUCCAAUGGAGUUGAUUUACAUGAGUACUGGACUGUAUUUAUUGAUGCAUUAUUUUCAGAGUGGCAUAUAAAUGCCAACAAAGUAACUGCUAUUGUAAUUGCAACUAGUUGCACUGAACUCAUUCAAGUGCUGGCUAGCAAGAACUUCAUUUUAGUUCCAUGCUUAAUGUAUUCUCUCCAGGAAUGUGCCUCAUUUUUGCUGUCUCUCUCUGAUGUUCAUCCAGUGCUUCAGAAAUGUAGGGCCCUACUUGGACUUAUACAUAGACAUCCUACAGCAUUGGCAUCAUUGCGCAUGCAAGAACCAGAGCUUCAGGUUGAUGAGCCUGUUGUUACUGAUUGUCCUGCUAUCUGGAUGACCACUUACCAAAUGCUGGAACAGCUAUCUUUAAGGCGUGCUCUUUUUCCUAGUGUUUUGGAAAAUGUGACGGAGCUGUCAGCUGACCAGCGUUUACAAUUAUUGCUCUCUGAAGAGGAGUGGACUGUUGUUGAUGAUAUUGUUGCAGCUCUGGGGCCUUUUAAGGUUGCUGUUCUUACUUUAAGUGAGGAGCGAUUUCCACUUCUCUCUCUUCUUGAACCUUUGCUGUGGCAGCUUUGCAGCUCUCAUCUUCAGGAUAAGGAUGGAGAUUCUCUUCUAGUUAUGAAAUUGAAACAGAUUCUUCGUGACAACCUGGCAGCAAAGUAUGUUAAUGAAGAUGUGAGGACUCUGCUGAGAACGUCUACCAUGUUAGACCCAAGGUUUAAAACUCUUGGUUAUGCUGAUGAAGAUGUAAAGGAAGAUGUGUACGAAAGAAUACAAAAGUCAUUGGAGGAGUUGUAUGAACAAAAUCCAACCAGUAUCGAGUUUUCUCCUACUCCCAAUAAAAAGCCUCGCCUAUCAGGAAUGGCGUUGUUGCUGGGCGGUGUGUGUGAAACAAAGGGUAGUGUUGGUUUAAAUGAUAAAGCAAAGCUUGAACUUGAUCAGUUCAAAUCAGAGACAAGUGCACCACUAGAUGCAUGUCCUUUACAGUGGUGGUCACAUGGUUCUGUCAAGUGCCCAAAUCUUGUUCAUUUGGCACGUCGUUACUUAACAUUGCCUGCAGCGGUAAUGCCUGCUCACCGCAUACCUCUCCCACAGGCAUUAAUUUUCCACGAAAGGAGAAAAAUUCUGGCACCUGAUGAAGCUGACACAUUACUUUUCCUUAAUACAAAUUAUCAUGGCUAGAGUUUGUCAAUAUGUUUAGGCUUGUACUAGUCAUUGGUCAAUGAAUUUUCUGUCCAUGUUUUUACCUUUUAUACCUUUUUGUGGCUCCUAUGUACAAUAAUUCUGAAAUUGUAUUUGUUUAUUUAUUGACUCUAUUAUUGUGCUGAAAGUGUUUUUAUGCAUAUUAAGUUGAAUCUAUUGAAGCAAAUUCAGUAUCUUAUUAUUAAGAUAAUCUCAGUAUUCUUGUUGAGGUUUUUUUUAACCUCUGAUGAUGCAACUUUUGGGUUGGGUCAUAAUUCUUGUAGUGAGGUAGGGAAAAGACUGCAUCUGUACCAGAUAAUUGAAUUGAAAUUAACUAUAAAUUUGAAAGAAACUUAAGUUUAUUCUAAAAGUUAUGUUCCUAAAUUGUACACUUAGUAAAAAUUCAUUGACAAAAAGAUUUUUUUAAAAAUUUA